AUGAAGACGGAGUUUAAGUUCUCCAACCUUUUAGGGACUGUAUAUAGUCAGGGAAACCUACUUUUCAGUCCUGAUGGCUCCUGUCUCUUCUCCCCAGUGGGAAAUCGAGUAACAGUGUUCGACCUCGUAAACAACAAAUCACAUACCCUCCCAUUCGCACACCGAAAAAAUAUAGCCAGGAUAGGCCUCACACCGCGGGGUAAUCUGCUUCUUACAAUUGACGAAGAUGGUCGAGCAAUCUUGACGAAUGUACCAAGAAGGAUCGCUUUACACCACUUCUCCUUCAAAUCCCCCGUUACAGCUCUCGCAUUCUCUCCGUCUGGGCGACAUUUUGCAGUGGGAAUUGGGAGACAUAUAGAGGUCUGGCAUACACCUUCAACACCCGACCAAAAUGCGGAAGGGGAACUAGAGUUCGCUCCAUUCAUACGGCAUAGAGUUUACACAGGGCAUUAUGAUACAGUACAAAGCUUAGAAUGGUCUAGCGAUUCCCGAUUCUUUCUUAGUGCCGCCAAAGACUUGACGGCUCGAAUAUGGAGUUUAGAUCCGGAGGAUGGCUUUAUACCCACGACAUUGGCAGGACACAGGGAAGGGGUUCUGGGCGCGUAUUUUUCGAAGGACCAGGAGACGAUCUACACAAUCAGUAAAGAUGGCGCCGUUUUCCAGUGGGCCUACUUGCGGGAUCCAAAUGCGCCACUACCGGAAGACGACGAGGAAAUGGAAGAUGCAGAUGAGGAUUCGCGUACACGAUGGAGAAUAACAGAACGACAUUUCUUCUCGAGGAAUAAUACAAAAGUGAACUGUACGGCUUUCCACGCAGAGUCGAAUUUAUUGGUUGUUGGAUUCUCAGACGGAGUCUUCGGUCUUUAUGAAAUGCCGGAGUUUAAUGAAAUACACACUCUGAGCAUCUCACAAAACGACAUUGAUUUUGUUACGAUCAAUAAGACUGGAGAGUGGCUCGCAUUUGGGGCCUCGAAACUGGGUCAGCUCUUGGUUUGGGAAUGGCAAUCAGAGUCGUAUAUCCUCAAACAACAGGGACAUUUUGAUUCGAUGAACUCCCUAGUCUACUCCCCGGAUGGCCAGAAGAUUGUUACUACUGCUGAUGAUGGUAAAAUCAAGGUUUGGGAUGUCAACUCUGGGUUCUGUAUAGUCACUUUUACAGAACAUACGAGCGGCGUUACAGCCUGCGAAUUUGCGAAACGAGGGAACGUUCUCUUUACAUCAAGUUUGGACGGUUCCAUCAGAGCAUGGGAUCUUAUCCGAUACCGAAACUUCAGAACAUUUACGGCGCCUACCCGGCUGUCAUUCUCCAGUUUGGCGGUAGAUCCAAGUGGUGAAGUCGUCUGUGCUGGCUCACUAGAUUCAUUUGAUAUCCAUAUUUGGUCUGUCCAAACUGGACAAUUACUUGACAGACUAGCAGGUCAUGAGGGACCAGUCUCUACAUUAGCAUUUGCGCCUAAUGGAGGUGUUGUUGUCAGUGGAAGUUGGGAUCAUACCGUUCGCAUCUGGUCAAUCUUCGACCGGACACAAACGAGUGAGCCGCUCCAGCUGCAAGCAGAUGUCUUAGAUCUAGCUUUCCGGCCAGACUCGAAACAACUUGCGGUCUCUACGCUAGAUGGUCAAUUGACUUUCUGGUCCGUGUCCGAAGCAGAGCAACAAUCAGGAGUCGACGGCCGACGAGAUGUCUCUGGAGGUCGAAAAAUCACUGACCGUAGGACCGCAGCAAAUGCUGCUGGCAAUAAGAGCUUCAGCACCAUUCGAUACAGCUCAGAUGGGGAGUGUGUGCUGGCAGGUGGAAAUAGCAAGUACAUCUGUCUGUAUUCAGUCUCACCACUCGUUCUUUUGAAACGCUAUACCGUCAGCGUCAACUUGUCACUAUCUGGAACCCAAGAGUUCCUCAACAGCAAGUUAUUGACAGAAGCCGGACCAUCCGGGCUCAUAGAUGAGCAGGGAGAAGCUUCUGACCUGGAAGAUCGAAUCGAUAAAUCGCUACCUGGAGCAACACGAGGUGGUGAUCCAUCGGCCAGAAAACGCAUGCCAGAAGUCAGAGUCACGGGCGUAUCAUUCGCGCCUACCGGGCGUUCAUUCUGCGCAGCAUCAACCGAAGGCCUUCUCAUAUACAGCCUCGAUACAAUACCCCUUUUCGAUCCCGUCGACCUAGACCUAGCCGUAACGCCUGCUUCGACAUUACAUGUCCUCUACAAAGAGAAGGACUACCUCAAAGCUCUCGUCAUGGCAUUCCGCUUAAACGAAGCCCCCCUAAUCCGCCAAGUCUUCGAAGGAAUCCCACACAAAAACAUCAGCCUCGUAGUUGAAGAAACACCCGUCGUCUAUAUUCCCCGACUCCUCCGUUUCGUCGCCAUGCAGACCGAAGAAUCCCCCCAUCUAGAAUUCUGUCUUUUAUGGGUUCAAGCUAUCUUAGUAUCACACGGACAAUGGGUUAGCGAUAAUCGCGGCACUGUUGAUGCCGAGUUGAGGAUUGUCAGUCGUGCUGUGGGGAAGAUUAGGAAUGAGCUGAGGAGACUGGCGGAUGAGAAUGUGUAUACGAUUGAUUAUUUGCUUAGCCAGCCGGUUUCUAAGCCGGUGGUUCUGAAUGGGUUGAAGAGUAUUUUAAAUGGAGAUACUCAAGAUGCUGUUAUGGAUGUUGAGGAUGAUGAUGAAACUGAAUGGAUUGGGCUAGAUUAG